GUGAAGAGUCAAGCCGCAGAGAGCUGCUUGCAGAGCCACCUUGUCGCGCACUCCCCGGUUCCUACAGCCAGAACCAGGUAGCAGCCAUGCUCAGCACUCAGGCACCUUUCUUCUUCCCCAUGGGCCACUUCAUCCUCUUCGUCUUCGUGGCUUCCACCAUAUUUCACAUUCAGCAGCGGCUAGCAAAGAUUCAACGCACAGGGGAGUUGGUGCCGGCGAUGAGGCCAGCGCUGGAGACGAUGGAGAGAACCACCACCAACCAGCCACCAGUCCCAAGGGGUAUGUGGACGAUCAAUGCAGUAGGCCGCUUGGGGAACCAGAUGGGUGAGUAUGCCACCCUGUACGCGCUCGCCAAGAUGAACGGCCGGCCGGCCUACAUCCCGGCCCGGAUGCACGACGCCCUGGCCCCCAUCUUCAGGAUCACCCUCCCCGUCCUGCAUGGCGACACGGCCAGCAGGAUCCCAUGGCGGAACUACCACCUGAACGACUGGAUGGAGGAGCGGUACCGCCACAUUCCUGGGGACUACGUGCGCUUCAUCGGCACCCCCUGCUCCUGGACCGUCUACCACCACCUCCACGAGGAGAUCCUCCAGGAGUUCACGCUGCACGACCACGUGCGGGAGGAGGCCCAGAAAUUUCUGCGGGGUCUGCAGGUGAAUGGCAGCCGGCCGAGCACCUUCGUGGGGGUCCACGUUCGCCGGGGGGACUACGUGCGCAUCAUGCCGCAGGUGUGGAAGGGUGUGGUGGCCGAUCGGCGAUACCUGGAGAAGGCCCUGGACUGGUUCCGGGCUCGCUACAGCUCUGUCGUCUUCGUCGUCACCAGCAACGGCAUGGCCUGGUGUCGGGAAAACAUCGAUGCCUCCCGUGGCGAUGUGGUGUUUGCUGGUGAUGGCAAAGAGGGCUCGCCCGCCAAGGACUUCGCGCUGCUCACGCAGUGUAACCACACCGUCAUGACCAUUGGGACCUUCGGGAUCUGGGCCGCCUACCUGGCGGGUGGAGAGACCAUCUACCUGGCCAAUUACACCCUCCCGGACUCUCCCUUCCUCAAAGUCUUUAAACCAGAGGCGGCCUUCCUGCCCGAGUGGAUUGGGAUCCCAGCAGACCUGUCGCCGCUACUCAAGCACUGAUGUUAGCCCAUCUUUGGCGCCUCCUUCUCCUUUCCCGGCUCCCCCAAGAUCAGUUCCAAGGCCUGAGGAGCACAUGGUUAUAUGUACCAGGACCCUUCCCUGUUGCAUCAGAAUGCUUUGGGCUGCAAGUAACUGAAGACCCAACUCACUGGUUUAAAUAAUAUAUUCAUGUGUCUUGCACAAGACCAGAGAUGGCACAACUCCAGGGAAAUUAAUUCAGCAGCUCAACAAUGUCAUCAGUGACUCCAGUUCCAUCCAUUUUGUUUUUUAAAGAUUUUAUUUUUUUUCACUUUUUCUCCUCAAAGCUCCCCAGUACAUAGUUGUAUA